UUCCGGUGGUCGUGGAUAGAAACACGUCCACUUCCGGUGCGGUUCCAAAGCAACGGAAACAGCGCGAGAGACUGAGAAUCACAGAGGAGUGGUGAAUUUUAAAAAUGGCUGGAAGUGAAAAAUCACAUGAAUUGCAGCAUCACCGCCCAAGGAUGCAGAAAGAACAGCAGAAUGGCAAUGCCACAGAUCUCUUGACACUGAAUGAGAGGAAACUGAGAGAUCAGGAAGAGAGGGAGACCAUUGUUUUAUGGAGGCGACCUAUCAUCACCCUGCAGUACUUCUUCUUGGAAACCAUUGUAGACUUAAAAGAAUGGGCAUUAAGGUUGAGGCAGCGACGACGGUUUGUCCUUGUCACCCUGUUGCUGUUGGCUGUAUCAACAAUUGUCUACUAUGUUGAAGGUGGGCAUCAGCAGUAUGUGCGUUUUGUGGAAAAGAAGGUUUUGUGGUGUGCCUACUGGGUAGGUUUGGGCAUUCUGUCUUCUGUUGGACUAGGCACGGGCCUACACACUUUCCUGCUCUAUUUAGGUCCACAUAUCGCUUCAGUGACAUUGGCUGCUUAUGAAUGUAACUCUGUGAAUUUCCCAGAACCUCCAUACCCAGAUAAAAUCAUCUGUCCUGAUGAGAAGCUGGAAGAGACCAUCUCUCUAUGGGUCAUUAUCUCCAAAGUCAGGCUGGAGGCCUGCAUGUGGGGUGCUGGUACUGCAAUAGGAGAGCUACCUCCGUACUUCAUGGCCCGAGCAGCUCGCCUCUCAGGCACAGAAACUGAUGAGGAGUUUGAGGAAAUACUGGAACAUGAUCAGAAUGCAGAGGACCUUCCAACCCGAGCAAAGCUGGCUGUUCAGAAACUGGUGCAAAGAGUUGGGUUCUUUGGAAUCUUGGCCUGUGCUUCAAUUCCCAAUCCCCUCUUUGACCUGGCUGGAAUAACAUGCGGACACUUCCUCGUUCCAUUCUGGACCUUCUUUGGAGCAACCCUUAUUGGAAAAGCUAUUGUGAAAAUGCAUAUCCAGAAACUGUUUGUUAUUAUAAUGUUCAGCAAGCACAUAGUGGAACAGAUGGUGUCCUUGAUAGGUUUUUUUGAAGAAGUAACAAGCAAGGUGGAUAAAGCAGAACCUGUAGAUGUGGUGUACUUGGAUUUCCAGAAGGCAUUUGACAAUAUGCCCCAUCAAAGGUUACCACACAAGAUAAGAGAACAUGAUGUAGAGGGCAAUUCCAAGCUUAGGCCCUUCACUUCAAAAACCCUUCAGAGAAUAUCUGGAGGCCCAGAAAGCCAAGCUUCACCACAAGUCUGGAGAUACAGUAGAAGCGAGUGAAAACUGGCUGUCCUGGAUCUUUGAAAAAGUAGUCAUCAUCAUGGUGUGCUACUUCAUUCUUUCCAUCAUUAAUUCCAUGGCUCAGAGCUACGCCAAACGGAUCCAGUCGCAGAAAUACACUGAGGAGAAAAUGAAAUGAAAAAGUAACACUUUUAUUUAGAAAGAAGGGACUGCACAAGGUCCAGGUUAGAUAGUGAUUCAUAAAAACCAUCUGCUGCUUCUUGGUUCCACAAACUGGAAUUAAUAUAAAGGAAGCAAAGGGGGAGUAUUAUAAGUUUCUGCAUUUACAAGUUUUUAAAAAAAUAUUUUCUUGAUUAGCACAGGUACUCCAGCUUGGAAUCCACUUUUGUGGAUUCUUGCCUAUUUGUUGUCUCCAAUUUUUUUAUUUUUUGAAUGUAUCUUAGUUUCAAUUGAGACCAUAUUAGUGAUGAAUGCUAUUAAGUGGCAUAAAGGAAAUUGCAGGAUAGAUGUAAAUAUUAAGCAUGGAACCCAAUUGAAAGCAAUGAUGUUAACUUGCUGCAAAUUAUUUUGGGCACAGUGCUGAAAAGGACCUUGAUGUGGUUUGUGGAAACAAAAAUUGUAUUAGCUUGUUGAAUGCUAAUAUCAUCAGUUUGAGGAAUGAGUGUAUUCACUCAAUAUCUGUUUUUGAAUUGGAAUCCUCUGACUAGCAAGGGUUGUCCUUUGUUGGCAGUAGCUGAUCAUAUUGUCAGCUUGUCAAACACAAUGAUGACAAUGUUUCAUUAACUAAUUAACUGGUUGAAAAUAGUUAAAUUCUUUGGAGCUUACUAAAUUUGGAAUAGUUAAAUGGCGAUGUUUUAAGCUUAUUUUUCCUCCUCCUUUGCAUCUUUAUUUUCAUUGCCCCUCCUUCCACAACAACCCGCCAAAUGACACACAACCUUUGUUGUGGAAAUUUCAUACUCCGGUAACUGUUUGAACUAUGAUUUGUUGCCGCAAGUUUCACGUCAUAAGCGUCCCAUCAGUAUUUUAACAUCCAGUGACUGGGUGAAGCACUAAAGAUCAGGUCAGGCCAUCAUCUGCAGAAAGUACACUUAGCUGAAAGAGAAAGCAUUGGUGUUGAUAGCUAUCAUUUUGUUCCCCUCGCACUUGCUGAUGGAGGGUAGAUGUGGAGCGUAAAACAGCAGUAUGUGUAGACUAUGUCAAAGAGGUAAAUAGAUUUUUCAAAAACUGUAGGUAUUUAUUACCUCAAUCUUCUGUAUCUUAUCUAUUUCUUAAUGAGGCCACAUAUAUUGCACAAAACCAUUAAACCUAUAUUGCUCAUCUCUGCUUGUACUUUACACAAUGAUGGUGAAAGAAAAUUAUUAGAAGCUAUGGAACCGGUCCAUCUCCAACUGUAUAUAUGAAAAGCAAUGUCAUUUUUGCUCUGUAAAUUUUAACAUGAUAAAUCUAAUCUGACUUUAUAAAACUACAUUCAGUCAUUCCACAGACUGACCUUUA